AUGGUCAGUCUUGCUGCUGCUCUCGAUAUGCUCGAUGCUGGAAUCUUGUCGACUGGCGUCCGCUACGCCGCCGUUCCCCAAAACCCCACCAAGUCCGCCAAGUCGCGCGGUUCUUACCUCCGUGUCUCUUUCAAGAACACUCGUGAGACUGCUCAGGCUGUCAAUGGCAUGAAGCUCGCUCGUGCCCUUGUCUACCUUGAGAACGUCAGGGAGAAGAAGGAGUGUAUCCCAAUGAGAAGAUUCAACGGCAGCACUGGUCGAACCGCUCAAGCCAAGCAGUUCGGUGCCCCUCUCGGUCGCUGGCCAGAGAAGUCUGCCGAGUUCCUUCUCGGUCUCCUCAAGAACGCUGAGGCCAAUGCCGAAUCGAAAGGUCUUGACGGCGAGAAGCUCGUCAUCUCCCACAUUCAGGUCAACCAGGCCCCCAAGCAGCGCAGAAGGACAUACAGAGCCCACGGAAGAAUCAAUCCAUACAUGUCCAACCCUUGCCACAUCGAAGUUGUCGUUUCCGAGGAAGAUGAGUCCGUCGAGAAGACAAAGGAACAGGCCAUCGUCAGACUUAACACCAGACAGCGCGGCAGAUUAACCAACAUCAAGCGACACGAGAUCACCUCGUCGUAA